AUGUUGGCCAAAGGAAAUGACCUCAUAAAGGGAAUGGCUGAGAGUGGUUGUGUUAUCGGACCACUGACUUGGGAUGCACUUGUGAAGCUUUACAUUGAUGUCGGAGAAGUGGAAAAGGCCGACUCCAUAUUGCAAAAGGCUGCUAAGAAGAAAAGGGACAAACCAAUGUUUAGUUCGUAUAUGGCAGUUAUGGACCAAUAUGCUAAGAGAGGCGACAUCGACAAUGCUGAUAAAAUGUUCGUUACAUAUAAUCACAUUGCACAAAACCCAUCAAAUACCAACCCCAAAAACAUGUUUUCUUCGUGCAGCUUCUUCCCCUACAUAGGUUCUUCCUCACACCACUAA